AUGCUUAAGUCCAUUACAGAAUUGUACGAUCAAGAUUUGUCCAAAUUUAUGCAAUCUAAUCAAAAUUUAGAUAGCAAAUCAAAUAUUACUUACAAUGUAGUUCUGUUGAUGACCAAUAAAAGGGUUUUGUCAGAAGUGAUGUUAAACAGAGUUGCCAACCUUCUCAAAAACAUAUGAAAAUUACUCGAAGUCAUAAUAUCAGUCCUAGUAUUGGAUAAUAUAAUGUAUCCUACAAAUGUUUAGACAUUCAUAAAUAUGAAGUCAAUUUUGGAAGUCCAAGAACUGUUCGUAAACCUAUUGAAGAAAUGCCAAGAACUGUUAGGGUUAGUCCUUUUAACAAUCAAAUAAAAUAGCAUUCUAUAAAGGGAGGAAUUGAUUUUGAAAAAUAAGUGAGCAGAGAAUAGAUGUAUUUAAUUAGAGGUUGGCUUAAAUUUGAUAAGAGUAUGCGUGCACCUAAACGAACAUUAGAAGAAAAAUUGCAUUAACUUGAAGUUGGAUAGGAAGCUUUAUUGAAAUUUCCUUCAAUUGAAGUCAAAGAGAAUCCAUAAUUAUAAAUGAAAGUUUCACACUUACCUCAUGAUUAUGAAAAGAUCAGAUAAAUUAGCAGAUAAUACCUGUAAUAUAUAUUAAUUCAUAUUCAAGACAAAAAUACCAUAUUAAAGAAUCAGCUCUAAGAUUUUACAGCCCUUGA